AUGUCACGGGAGUUGUGCGGGCGUCUGGGCUUGCCUUUACAGAGUACAGACAUCAAAAUUGAAGGAGUUAACGAUGCUGCAUCCGCUUCUCAGCAUAAAACUACCGCUACGAUAUAUUCCAGGUUCAACAAAUAUCAAGAGACAUUAUCAUUCUUAAUUCUGGACAAGGUCACUAACGCCAUGCCAGCAACGCAGAUAGAUGUCAACUAUUUUCAAAUUCCAUCAAAUAUCAAAUUGGCAGAUCCUGCUUUUCACCUACAUGUAAAAAUCGAUUUACUCCUGGGCUCAGAGGUAUUCUGGAGUUUGCUAUGCGUGGGCCAGAUACGAUUGGAUAGGUCGAGGCCCAUAUUUCAAAAAACGAAGCUCGGGUGGAUAAUAUCGGGUACGGCCAGCGUCGUUUCUCAGCCGCAGUCCCAGCUACAAUGUCAUUUGGCACAACAAGAGGUACAAGAGCAACUGGAAAAAUUUUGGCGUCUUGAAGAGCUACACACGAAGAAACACUUAACCUCCGAAGAACAGAAAUGCGAGGAGCAAUUCAGCAGAACACACUCUCGCUUGAGCGACGGAAGAUUCAUAGUUCAACUCUCCUUGAAGGAUAAUUACACGCAACUAGGCAGUUCCUAUGACAAUGCCAAACGUCGAAUAGGUACUAUGGAAAGAAAGCUAGCAAGGCAACCUGAAUUAAAAUUACAGUACGACGCAUUCAUGAAAGAAUAUUUAGAACUUGAUCACAUGAGACCUAUCUCGAGCUCAACGGACAACGUUUUGGAGACUAAAGGCAGCGGUGUAGCAUACUACCUAUCGCAUCAUGCAGUCAUCAAGGUCACAGUGAAACUACACGUCUACGAAUAG